GAGCUCCAGGACUCAACGGGACCAGGACGAGCUCCAACCCGGACUUUACGCACCGAGCUCGGGCUGUCAGGCGCCGCUCCAGCCGGGGACACAUCCAGCGGGGCGGAGGGGACUUCCACACGGACACGGGACCCACCGGAACCGCUUCUGGACCGAGACCCGCGAGUUUGACCGGGUUUGACCGGGACUCACCGGGACUGACCGAGUCGAAGGCGCAGCGGAGCCAAAAAACAUGAACAAACCCCACCGGGCGCCCAGCAGCCGAGCCCUGAGCGCCGUGGAGGUCAAGAGCAAGUUCGGGGCAGAGUUCCGGCGGUUCUCUCUGGACCGGUCCAAACCAGGCCGUUUUGAUGAGUUCUACGGGCUCUUGCAGCACGUGCACCGCAUCCCCAACGUGGAGGUGGUGGUCGGAUAUGCCGACGUCCAUGGUGACCUUCUGCCAAUCAACAACGACGACAACUACCACCUCGCCAUCGCCACAGCAACGCCACUGCUGCGCCUCUUUCUGCAGAGGAAAGAGGAUUCGGACUACUCUGCGUUCGGCUCUGACCCUCUGAACCGUAAGAAGAACCCGGUUCUGUCGGCGGUUCUCCUUCGUCCAGACUCUCACCGUAAGAAGCCUCCUGUGGUCAUCAGCCUCCCUCGAGACUUCAGACCGGUCUCCUCCAUCAUCGAUGUGGACAUCCUCCCUGAGAGCCACCGCCGCGUCCGUCUGUACAAACACGGUCAGGAGAAACCACUGGGCUUCUACAUCAGGGACGGCUCCAGCGUCAGAGUCACCGCCCAGGGCCUUGAGAAGGUCCCCGGAAUCUUCAUCUCCAGAAUGGUCCCCGGAGGACUGGCCGAGAGCACCGGCCUGCUGGCAGUCAACGACGAGGUGCUGGAGGUGAACGGCAUCGAAGUCGGAGGAAAGAGCCUCGAUCAGGUCACAGACAUGAUGAUCGCCAACAGCCAUAACCUGAUCAUCACAGUGAAACCAGCCAAUCAGAGGAACAACGUGGUGCGGAGCCGAGAGGCUGGGGCAGCGUCCGGGAGCUCGGGGCGGUCCUCCGACAGUGGCGCCAGUUUCUACGGUUACGGCGGCGGAUACAGCAGCUUAGGGGUCAACUCUGGCCCCGCCCACAUCAUACAGAACUUCCCUGUGGGGGAGCUAGAGAGUGACGAGGAGGAGGACGUGGUGAUCGAGGCCGGAGCGGAGCAAGAACCAAACGUCCCGAGAUACGAGCCGCACCUGAACCUGCGACGUGACCCCGUGACCUCUGCGACCUCUGAUCCUGCCAUCUCUCACCCUUCUGCUUGGGCCAUCUCCUCCCCUGCCACCUCCAAUGGGACCCUGACCUCCAGCGCUAGCCUGGGCAGUUUAACCACAGCGGCGGCUAACGGCUCCUCUUCCCACAGAGCACGAGAGAGGCGGAGCUUGGAGGAGGAUGGGACAGUGAUCACGCUCUGAGACUCUGGACCAAAACAAGUAUGCAACAAAACAUCUGGACCGAACAUCUGCAACAAACAUCUGGAACAAACAUCUGCAAUGAACAUCUGUCAGUAACAUCUGUAAGAUCUGAUCUGAGCAGUUUCACUUUAGGUCAUAGACUGAAGUGUGAUGUCACCCCCAGCGCCAAAUGAAGCUCUGGCUAUAAUGGAGCAGUGGAUAAUCUGGAAGAGGGAUGUAAUAACCGAAUAUGGUGAUAUUGUGUCGUCAAAAAUCUCCCAAUAAUAUCAACGGCUUUCAGAACGUGUCGAAUAAGUUUCUUUGAUUAAAUUCAGAUUAAAAAAAACCUACAUAGACCAUGAUCCUUUGCUUUCGUCAGUGCAGACUAGAUGAAGACAUUAAGAACUUUUUAAUCUUAGUUUUUGGGGUUUAUAAAUGAACCCCACCCAAUUUUUUAAGUUAUAAAACAACCAAAGCCUUGUCAAGGCAUUUUAAAAAUAAACAGAUUCACAAUUUUAUUGUUUCCACAAAACAUCAUGAUAAAGAUGGUGCUGUGAGACAUCUGUGUCUUUACAUCUGAUCAGGAGCAAGGGAGAAGAAGGUAACGCCCUGCCCCAGUCGAUGGAGCCGUGCCACGCCCACACUAAUGUCCUGUUUGUAGCGUGGCAGUUAGCGUAUUAGCGUGUUAGCUAUGUCCUCUUAUAUACAGUCUGUGGUUUUUACGUUUGUUUAGGUCUGAGCUGCUGUUUCUUAAAGUGACAUUCCUCUCUGUAGCAGACUUGCCUUAUUUCAACUUAAAUCAUGCUGAACAGUUUAAAACAUUUAAAAAAGUCAAACUAGAUGAUAAAACCAGUCCACAAACAGUAGCCAGAAAAUGAAAUAAAUGUACAAACUGCUCAGAUACAGACAGAGAGUUCUGACAGAGACACAGAGCAGCGGGAGUGACGGGUUUAUCAGGGAUCAUUCUCACAAACUUGUUUUAUUUUGUAUUUUUUAACAAUGGGAAAAUUGAAAAGCAGAUUUACUUUGACCUCCACAGCACUGUCAUGCAUUUCAUAUAUACACACUAGACAUCCCUGUGUGUCAGAUGCCCUCCCAUCCUCCCGCUGUGUGUCAGAUACCCUCCCCUCCUCUUAUACUCUCACUUUGAGCAUUUGCAAUAACUGUGUGACCUUUUAAAAAAUCCAGGUCCAGUUUUGGUCCUGACAUUUUAUCUCGAUUCACUGAACGUUUUAAUCAUGUUUUGUUUCUUUACUGUAAAAGUUUGAUAUAUUUUUAUAGUGUUGAUUUUUGGACCACUUCAGUUUGAACCUUAAACUGCACAAUGUUUUCAGACAGAGCAAUGUGCAGCUGUGCCUGUGGCUGCGACUGUGACUGAGCUCAAAUCACAAAUGUGAACGCGAUUCUGACUUUUAUUUUCCAUUUUAUACUUUUUGUUUUCAAGUUUGUUGGACCAGUGUAAUAAUAAUAAUAAUAAUAAUAAUUGUAUUCUGUUGAAUGAAAAGUGAUACAGCACUGGUUUUCUGUUAAAAGUUGUUGGUCUAGCCCUUGUUUAGUCCUGGUCUAGUCUGGGUCUAGUCCUUGGUCUUGUUUGCCAUUAGUUUGUUGAGGAAUGUGUUCAGGUCAGAUUAAUAAUUGACUUCAUGAAGCUGGAAAAGUUUUUAUUGAAAAAGACACAAGGUGUUUGUUGGAAUAUAU